CGGGGAGGGGACCCGGGAGUCCGGGGGACCAUGCGGCGGCUGACCCGCCGGCUGGCUCUGUCCCUCGUCGGGGUCCUCUGGGUGGCGGCCCUCCUGCUCUUCUGGGGGGCCAAGAAGAAGUUAGAAGUGGCCGCGGGUGCAGAGGGGCAGACCCCCAAGGGCCUGGACGUCGACUGGGAUGACCUGUGGGAUCAAUUUGAAGAGCGGAGGUACCUGAGUGCCAAGAAGUGGAGAGCCGGGGAGGAUCCCUAUAAGCUGUAUGCCUUCAACCAGCGGGAGAGCGAGAGACUCCCCAGCGACCGGGCUAUACGGGACACCCGCCAUUUCAGGUGUACCGCGUCGCGCUACCGCUCGGACCUCCCCUCCACCAGCAUCAUCAUCACCUUCCACAACGAAGCCCGCUCCACCCUCCUCAGGACCAUCCGCAGCGUGUUAAACCGCACCCCGAUGCAUCUGGUUCAUGAGAUCAUACUGGUGGAUGACUUCAGUGAUGACCCGGAUGACUGCCAGCUGCUGGGCCCGUUACCCAAGGUGAAGUGCUUACGCAACGGACAGCGGGAAGGACUCAUCCGAUCCCGCAUCCGGGGAGCUGACCUUGCCAAGGCAGGAGUCCUCACCUUCCUGGACAGCCACUGCGAGGUGAACAAAGACUGGCUCCUCCCGCUUCUGCAGAGAAUCAAGGAAGAUCCUACGCGGGUGGUGAGUCCGGUGAUCGACAUCAUUAACUUGGACACGUUUGCCUAUGUGGCUGCUUCCUCAGACCUGAGGGGGGGGUUUGACUGGAGUCUGCACUUCAAGUGGGAACAGCUCUCCCCAGAGCAGAAGGCCAAGCGUACGGACCCCACUCAGCCCAUUAAGACCCCAAUCAUCGCAGGAGGCCUCUUCGUCAUCGACAAAUCCUGGUUUAACCACCUAGGAAAGUACGAUACUGCGAUGGACAUCUGGGGAGGGGAAAACUUCGAAAUCUCUUUCCGCGUAUGGAUGUGUGGUGGGACCCUAGAAAUCGUCCCCUGCAGCCGAGUCGGACAUGUCUUCCGGAAGAAGCAUCCUUAUGUUUUCCCUGAGGGAAACGCCAACACUUACAUAAAGAACACCAAGCGCACAGCCGAGGUGUGGAUGGACGAGUUCAAACAGUACUAUUAUGCAGCCCGGCCAGCGGCCCAGGGGAGACCAUACGGAGACAUCCAGAGCAGAGUGGAGCUGAAGAAAAGUUUGAAAUGUCGGCCUUUCAAGUGGUACCUGGAGACCGUUUAUCCUGAACUCAGAAUCCCCGAGGAAUCCUUAGCCCAGACUGGAAUCAUCCGACAGAGACAGAAAUGCUUGGAAUCCCAACGCCUGGAAGGCCAGGAGUUCCCAGCCCUCAUCUUGAGCCCUUGCAUCACCAGCAAAGGAGAGGCCUCCGGGACCCAGGAAUGGACCUACACUUUUGCCCAGCAGAUUCGCCAACAGCAGCUGUGUUUGUCUGUUCACACACUUUUCCCUGGCUCUCAGGUGCUAUUCUCUCCUUGCAAGGAAGAGGAUGGGAAGCAGCGAUGGGCUAAGUCUGGUCCCCACCUCGAGCACUUGGCUUCCCGCCUCUGCCUGGACACCGAAAUGAUGGGAGACGGCAGCGAGGACAGCAGAGAGAUGGUCGUGAACCCCUGCGAGAUCUCCAUCAUGAGCCAGCGCUGGGACAUGGUGCUUUCCUGAGCAGCCAGGCGGGCUCUCGUUCGGACCGAGCCGACGCUAAAACCAAGUCCAGUGGGGCGACGGGGCGGAGACGGGGUGGAAAUUCCCCAGUGGAGUCAUGCGGCCGGGAGACGGGAGGCUGUCUGAAGCCCAGCAGGGGCCUGUGGUCCCCCACCAGGCACGAUGGGCCGGUGCCAGAGGGAGAGCCCCCAAUACGUACUAGGGACCACCGCCUCAGGCAGGGAGCGGGAACAGACGCUGCUCAGAGCUGCAGCUGAUCCCAGGCGAGGCCUCUCCGACCGGUCCUCCCCUCGCCGUUGUCCGCUCGGUCCCUCGGGAUUCGGAAGAAAAUCCCACCCGGACCUAGCGCCUGCGGUAUUUAUCGUUCCCUCUGUAAUGGAAGCAGCGGUCUGAAGGGGAAGCCCCGGGAUGCAGCGAGCCUGGCGGAGGAGACGGAGACGGAAAGUUGGGGGACUUCGAGGAGGAGGAGCUGACGAAGAUAACCCAAGACUGGCCCUGGACGUCGGGUUACUUUGAUUCUGUCUUCUGUGACGGAGGGCCCCAGUGGAGCAUUGUCUAGAGGAGGUUGGUGUCCCCCAGAAAAGUUUCUAAGGAACCAUGAGGCCUAAUCAAAUAAGCAGCACCCAGAUUUUAGAUAGAAUCUACCUCCUUCUGGACGCUUCCUGCAUGGUCUUCUGAUGAUCUUGAUUCCACCCCAGCACUUAGUUUGGCACAUGGAAAGCUCUUUAAUAAAUACCAUCGUUUGAAUUA